CUCCAUGUGACUAUGGGGGUACCGAAGUUUUAUUCGCUUUUUAGUUCGUAGCUAAUCUUCAAUUUAGCCCACUCUACCCCCCGCAGACCAUCAUAUCUUCGGGUUUGAAACAUUUGGAGUUGAGUGAAUUCCUACGUCAGGGGCAACUGCAAUGGAUGUUGAACGAGAAAGGCUCCAAUGUUACUAGAAUUAUUGACAACAUUCCGGAGAACAACAAAAUCAAGCAGGUUGUCUGUGUUGGAUUAUCACAGAUAGCAGUCCGGUUCGGUGAAGAUGGAAUAAUGGCCUCGCCGCAAUGUCUUGAUCAACAUCUAACUGUGCUGGAGAUUGCUCAUCAUCUCAGUAAGAAUUCUCCGCACGGAAUUGACCUUUUCGCCGUUGAUUGUACGUAUGAUGACGUACAUAAGAGGUGUCUAGAAGAUGUUGGGUUUGGAAUUUUCCAUGGUCGAGACGACAUGCAGCAACACGGCGUGAGAGUUGAUAACAAUACCCUGUUGAUUGUCUUUGCUCUAGGGAUUCGUGAAUACUCUCAUAGUCACGGUGUUGAUUAUGAAGAGCCUGUGGCGAUAAUUUUUGAUGUGGUCAGAAACCAUGCCUGGCCACCGAGUUUGCUUUGGGAAAAAGUGCGGAUUCAACCAAGUGUUUUCCAGCCACCAAAGGCAGAGAUGAGCAUCCCUAAGAGACCCACGUUGGUUCCUCGGAGACCCGAGCCUCCACAAUCGAUGGAUGGUAAUUCGACCAAUGCGAAUUGCAAGGUCCGCAUAGUUCGAUUGUAUUAGUUGUGAAUUAGUUGGAUAUGCGCGGGUGUUGUGCAGGAAAGCUGGUUGACGUCUCUAUGAGGUUCCGAAAGUGGUAUUUAUUAGCCUACUAUAGUUAGUUAAUAUAUUUAUCAUGAUUGAAUAUUCACAUCGGUAGUUCAUUCUAUGGGCUCCGUGGCAUAUGGUUCUAACGAUUGGAAAUCAACU